AUGGACAGGAGCGAAGGCGGAUACAUCCAGAGCUCUCCGAAAAGAGAGCUCCUUGGAGUAAAGACACUAAGGGCGCUUACGAUCAAGCAAAUCGGCAGCUGCGACUUCGAUGAGACAUCCUCAACGCACCUGGUUGACUCUGCAGAAGUCACAAAUGUACAGAUCAUUGGCUGGGUUGUCUCGUCAAAAACAUCAGCGACAGGAUCGAUGUUUGUUUUGGAGGACGGAACAGGCAGCGUAGACUGUACAUUCUGGCCAGGGAAUUCCUACGAAGAGGAGCAGUGCAAGGUGCUUGAGGAGCAAAACCUUCUCAAGGUCAACGGAUCGCUCAGAACAUUCAACGGCAAAAGGAGCGUGUCUGCAUCACAUCUGUCCGCGGUGGAAGACUCAAACUUUGUUACCUACCACUUCCUAAGUUGCAUCUACCAGCACCUGUUCUAUACAAGACAGCUCCAAAGGGAAGAGGUCAAGAACGAUGGUGCAAAGCUCGACAGGAUCCAGGAGGACAUACUGGAGUGUUACAGGAGGAACCAAGACGAAAACGGGCUCCACAUUAAUGUGGUCAUCAAGAUGCUUUCAUCUAAGUAUUCAGAGAGCGAAGUCAGGGAGAACAUCGACGUCUUGCUGCGAGACUGCCAUCUGUACAGCGUGGAUGGGCUGGAAUACAAGACAACGAUUUAG